AUGGCCAUAAACACAAAUAGGUGCAAUGACGCAAGUACAUUUCUCCAAACAUCUGUAGGAGAGGUGCCUGAUACUUACACAGCCAACAAAGACAAACAAACCUUUUUAGCCCGUGGGUUUAUAUCCAAAGAACCAGCUAAUUAUGUGGCAAAUCAGAGUACUCAUACAUUCAACGGGAAAACAUUUGGAGAAUAUGUUGAAGUUGCCCAGAAGGAUUACCAGAUGUCUAAAGGUUACUAUCCAAAGCAAAGGGACUGUAGAUGUUGGAGGGGUUCCGGAGUGACGCCAUAUAAUUCCAUUAAGAAGAACAGAAUGUUUGUUGUCCUUUGUGCUGAGUUGGCAGUCAUUGAUGAUCCUCACCUUCAUUUACCCAUUGGGGGUUACAGAGGGACACCUCAGAAAAUCAACAGCUCAAUAAGAAACAGAAUAGACUCAGCCUCCUCCCCCUCCCCAGUCUCCUGCUACACCCUUGAGGAAACCUUGCCCCAGGAAGCUCUGAAUGAGAUGGUGGCUAACCUGAUGAAGUUUCUGCUCCUUAAGUGUCAGGCCAAAGAGCUGACCUCCCAGGUGGAAAUGCUGAAGAAGGUGCUCAGGGAUAACCAGGAACACUUCCCAGUGGUGUUCAGCCAAGGCUCAGAGUGCCUGCAGCUGGACUGUGGCAUUGAGGUGAAGGAGGUAGACCCCAGCAUGGUCCCCACCCUGGGAAUCACCUGCUAUGCAAUGCUGAGCAGUGGGCAGGGCCUGCCCAAGGCCAGCCUUGCAGUGCUGGUCCUCAGCCUGAUCAUGUGGAAUGGAGACCACACCCCUGAGGAGGUUUGGGGAGCACUCAGCAGGAUGGGAGUGUGUGUUGAGAGUGAGCACUGCGUCUUUGGGGAGCCCAGGACGCUUCUGACCCAUGUGUGGGUGCAGCAGGGGUACAUGGAGUACCAGCAGGUGCUUUACAGCCACCCUGCCUGCUAUGAGUUUCUGUGGGGUACUCGGGCCUAUGCAGAGAACAGCAAGUGGCAAGUCAUGGCAUUUCUGCUCAGGUUCAAAUGUAAGGCUUUGAGGGCCUUCCCAAUGCAGUCUGUAGAGGCUGCAAGGGAGGAGUAUGAGGCAGCCUGA